ACAACACCGUAUCACACCUGCGCGUGAAAGUGGUGAAUUGUAAGCGGGUGAUAGAAAGUUAUCAGGAUAACUGGACUUUGAACGUAUCUGAUCGAGAUCACGUACACCCACUAGGACGUCUGACAGUCGUUCACGCUGUUGGCGUUCAGGAAGGACAUUGUCAACGAGCACCUGCUAAGCUAUGGGUGUCUACUCCUACGUCCGCUCGCUGUCUCGAUGGCGCGGGGCAAGCCUGCUUCUUGCAAUUCUAGGCAUGAUGAGACUCAUGCAGGGGAUUAUAAGAUACCGAAGAAUGUUCAAGUUUUACAACAGUCUACCCGGCGAGCCCGACUUCCAUUGGAUAUGGGGAAAUUUGCAUAAGGUGAGGGGCAAGGCGACAGAGGUGCGGAUGGAGUACAUGGAUGGUUUGAUGAGGAAACACAAGUACUUCUAUAGGCUGUGGCAAGGAGCGUUUAGACCUCUCAUAAUGUGCUGUCACCCCGAUUCAGUAAAGCUCCUUCUAAAAACAUCAGAACCCAAGCCUAUGGCCGGAGCCUACCAGUUUGCAGUGCCCUGGCUUGGGGAAGGGUUGCUGAUAGCCAGUGGUCAGCGCUGGGCGCGUUCCAGGAGGCUGCUGACCCCAGCCUUCCACUUCGACAUCCUCAAGCCAUACAUGGAGGUGUACAACAAAGCGGCGGACAUAUUGCUGGGGAAAAUAGCGCGUUACGAGGAGAAGGGCGAGAGUUUUGAGGUGUUCGGCCAUAUCAGUCUCUGCACGUUGGACGUCAUCCUGAAAUGUGCCAUGUCAUUCGACGACAAUAUACAGAUGAAAGGGGAAAGUCAUCCAUACGUCGUCGCCGUAAAUGAGCUGUCGGAGAUGUGGUUCGAAAGAGGAAGGAACCCCCUCCUGUACAACGACUUCGUCUUCAGCUGCACCAAGAUGGGUCGCAGGUUCAAGCAGCAGUGCGACUUCGUCCACUCCAUAUCGGAGAACCUCAUCAAGAAGAGACGCGAGACCCUGGACAGAGAGGGACCUGCAAAUAAGAAAUACCUGGACUUCCUCGACGUCCUGCUCACCGCCAGGGACGACGCCGGGGACGGCCUUACCUCCAUGGAGAUCAGGAACGAAGUCGACACAUUUCUGUUUGAAGGCCAUGACACUACAGCCAGCGCCAUCUCGUGGAUCCUGUACUCGCUCGCCACACACGCUGACAUUCAGGACAAGGCGCAGGCGGAAGUCGACGCCAUCUUGGACGGGAAGGACUCAGAAGUUAUAGAUUGGAGCGAACUGCCGGAGUUGUCCUAUCUGGCCUGCGUCAUCAAGGAGGGCAUGCGACUCCACUGCCCAGUCCCCUUCAUCCAGCGUCAACUCACCCAGCCCACCACCAUCGACGGCACCACCCUCCCCAAGGACACCGUGUGCACCGUGCACCUCCUCAACCUCCACCACAACCCGGAAGUGUGGGAGGACCCGUGGGAGUUCAAGCCUGAACGCUUCUUCCCUGAAAAUAUGAAGGACAAGGACAACUAUGCCUUUGUGCCCUUCUCAGCUGGUCCCAGAAACUGCAUCGGACAGCACUUUGCGAUGAACGAGGAGAAGGUUCUGCUUGCGCGCAUCCUUCACAGAUACCGGUUGGAGAUAGACUCGGCUUAUCCAGUCAAGAGGAAAGUGGCUGCUGUAAUGAGGUCGAUGACGGGCAUCCGGGUGUUUGCCAAACUAAGGCAGAGGAGUCAGUGAUGGCGGACAGAGAAAACUGGACGCGGUGCGGUGGAGGAGGGGAAGGAGUGUUCGUGAGCAGCCAUUGAGCCUUUACAAACCCGAGCCGACAUUGUGAACGGAUUUGUUUGUUGUCUGUUGUGGUUGAAACAGAUUUGUCGGUUUUGAGAACUUACUGGAUUCUCGGGGAUGUUUGACACACCAGAUUAACAAACCGGAAUAACAAACCGGUGUGCGUGCUGAAUAUUCAAAGAACCUAUUUUAGGUGGUCAUAUCCAAUAACAUUCCCUGUUAUAAGUUGUUUGGUCGUAUUAUUGUUAUGAAUGAAUCGUUGACAUGUGUAGAAUGAACUUUCAAGUGUAUUAAAAUUAAAUUUUCGUUGUGUU